GAGCUGCUGAAAGGUCUGGUCGCAGCGACGGGAACGCGUAAUCCUCAGCGUGCUCCAGCCCGGCAGCAUCCUUCCACGGCUCGGCAGGGCAGCCAGCCUCUGGGCACCGGCCCCUCUGCUCCGCGGAAAAGCCUGAUGAAGUCCUCCGAUAUCGAUCAGGAUUUGUUUACAGACAGUUACUGCAAGGUGUGCAGCGCACAAUUGAUAUCCGAAUCUCAGCGAGUGGCUCAUUACGAGAGUCGAAAACAUGCAAGCAAAGUCAGACUCUAUUACAUGCUUCACCCCAGGGAUGGAGGCUGUCCGGCCAAGAGACUGCGGUCAGAAAAUGGAAGCGACGCAGACAUGGUCGACAAGAACAAGUGCUGCACACUGUGUAACAUGUCCUUCACCUCCGCAGUGGUGGCGGACUCCCAUUAUCAAGGCAAAAUCCAUGCCAAAAGGUUAAAACUAUUGCUAGGAGAGAAAACCCCACUGAAGACCACAGCAACACCUCUGAGCUCCCUUAAGCCUCCGAGGGUGGACACCGCCCCCGUGGUCACAUCUCCCUACCAAAGAAGAGAUUCAGACAGAUACUGUGGGCUCUGUGCAGCCUGGUUUAAUAAUCCUCUGAUGGCCCAACAACAUUACGAUGGCAAGAAGCACAAAAAGAAUGCAGCAAGAGUUGCUUUAUUAGAACAACUCGGGACAACUCUGGAUAUGGGGGAGCUGAGAGGUCUGAGGCGCAAUUACAGAUGUGCCAUCUGCAGUGUCUCUCUAAACUCAAUAGAACAGUAUCAUGCCCAUCUGAAAGGAUCUAAACACCAGACCAACCUGAAGAAUAAGUAGUGAGAGCAUCAAUCAAAACAUGAGAAAAAAUGUCAGGAUUUCUCUGCCAUGGAGAAUUGCUGGUCAACCACCAGAAGAGGAUUCUUUCCUAAACAAUGAACAUUUCUUAUGAGGACUCACAGAUGAACAUAUAACUAAUUUUAGUUUUGGAAAGUGAAUGAGUUUUAUUUUCUGCUUUUUUCUUUCUUUUUUUUUUUUUUUUAGUUUUGUGGUGUUAUGGUAUUUGGAUGGAUUUUUUUAAGUCUGUCCUGAUAAUAUAUUUAGCACAUGUUCUAAAUUACAAUCCUGUAGCCAACAGUGGGAGCAUCAUUUGAGCUUAAAGACAAUGGAAAAAUCUCAGUUUCCAAUGUAUUUCAGAUUCCUUCAGCAGUCAAUUAUUCUAUUAAGUCUUUGAUUGAGAUAGAAACAAAACCACCUCCAUCAAGAAACAAACAGUGUUCUUUCAUUAGGUUGAACAUGAUUCGUGGUCAUCCAUGUGCACAGAACCAGAAUGAAUCACUAUUAGUAGAAGAUACACCACAGACACGAACGCCCAACCUACUCAUGUCACCUUCACGUAUGUGAGCCACAUUUGCCGUCUGAACAGUGAGAAUGAAGAGGGCACAUGAAGGAAGAAUCCUCAUCCUUUUUUUCUGAUCAUUCAAAGAGCCAUUUCUCAAGGUUAAGCCAAGUCCUCUUUGCAAGCUGCCAAAAUAAUAGUUUAGGAAAAGAAUUCGUUUGCCUGCAUGAUGAUCUUCUUAGGCAAAAAACAUCUUUAACAGCAGUUGACCUCGGUGAAAUGUUUUCCGAAAGGCAUCCAAAAGAUUAUACAUCCCAGAAUCGGAGGGAAAUAAAAGCCUGUCUGUUAUAAAGCUGGCCUUAAUGCUGGGCUUUAAUGCGGUGCUUUGGAAAGAACUGAGCACAUUCUGAAGAGAUGCCAGCCCUGUUUCUCACUGAAGUUCUCUUGCUGAGCCAAGACUCAGUCACUUUGGAAAGAAUACCUCUAGCCAGGAUGGCAAACAGUAACGCUAUUACUCCUCUAUGGGGCACGUCUCUGAGUGUAAAUCAUAAAGUACUCUGUCUAGAUUGAAUUCUUCUCUGCCAUGACUGGAUUUGGUGUCCUGUAGGCUCUGCUCUGGCUGGGGCUGCCCUCGGUCCAUGGUGACCCACCACAGGCAACUGAUCUCCUCCUGGUGACAGGGUUUUCUGGACGUCUAUUGUUUUUCCACAGAGAGCCAAGGUGAUUCCAACUCAGGCGAAAAAGGACAUGAUUUAGAGAUGCACUGUGUUGUUAUUAAUGUGCUUGGAAUUUGGCACCAUUCCUUUGAGGAGGGCCCGCUCAGGAAGGGCCAGGAUUGCCGGCUUCACUGCAGUGGCCAUGUGUUGUCCCAUGGCAAAGAGGAGGGUUUGACGGGAAGCAACCUAUUUUUGCUGUUUUAGAAAGCACAGUCAGGAGGUACAGACCUCCAAUGAUGAUUUUUCUUCGAAUGUGUAAAAUAAGGCUUUAUUGGUCAAUUCUGCUGUAAAAUAAGCACUGUCCAAGUAAAAAAAAAAAAAAAAAAACUAUUCUGCUUCUAUUUCUGUUUAGUGAAUGAGCUCAUACCCUUGAGUGUAUUUUGUUAAAAUAACCAAAUAUAGAUGAGCCUAUGAACAUAGAUCUCUUUUGCUUUACAGAGAGGUUAUGCCAACCCCUUAAUAGAUAAGCUUCCAGAUAUAAUAAUCACAUUAUUUCAGAAUUCCUCAUCUAGCUACCAUUGCUUCUUGGCACCCUGUCAUGUGACAGUGGAUGCCUGCCAGAGGCUUUCUUGUUUUCAUAUCUCCUUCUUUAUUUUGCCCAUGCAGAUAAGGGAAAUUAUCAUUCCAGUAUACCAAGUAGGUGAUGUGUUCCACCUUAAACAAAAAGAGCGUUAUUUCUAUUUUGGAAAAUUGUGAAUGAAAACCUCCCUGCUUGGGGAACUAGCUGUUGUUCUUUCCUUUUUUUGUGGGGGUGGGGGGUUAUGAUUAUAUUUGUUUAAUAAGUCACAGGCCAGCUCACUGUGGAGGUGCUCAGGUAAAACCACCUGAUUACAGCUGAGAUUCCAGGACAGACAAGAAUGAGUCCAGGAAUUUCCUAAACUCUCAGUUUAGGAAUCUAGGGACAAAUUCUCUGUGAAAGAGUGAGACUGUCUAAAUUAGCCAUAUUUACAGUACUUCCCCUGUUCCAAGGGCUUGCAGUAAUGCCAGCUAACUAACCAAGUACUCCUAUUUGACAUUUAGCUCAAGUGAGGGAAAAAUUAUUCAGAAUUAACAUAACGCAGGAGCCUUGGCAUCCUUAUAUUAGAGGAAAAAUUUUGUAGUUAAAAAGAUAUUUGGUAAGUGGUUGCAAUCAUCUCAACUACUCCUACAGUCCUAUUCAUUCAAUUCACUUACUUUGCAAAGUUUUUCUUUAAGCACAGGGGUAAGCUUCAGGCCAGAAAUGCCACGGCAGUGAACCCCAAAUUAAUGAGCUGCCAUUAUGAAUAGUCUCUGCAGUCCAGUGCACUAAUAAAUAUGAUUAUAGCAUAAUCUGCUAAGUAGGGAGAACUACAGUGACCCCUUUUGCUGGUAAAAGUAGUAAUAAAACUGGCAUCUGCAAUUGCUUGGCUGCAAAGACCCAGAGGAUAUGUUUGUCAUUUGCCUCUUAGGUAGGUGACAUAGCAACAUAAAUUGGAACUGCGAGAGUCUUUAUCCCUUUUCAGUGAAGUGAGUUUAUGAGACCAAUCAGAUCAAGUGAGGAAAGAUAUGGGACAGGUGAACAAUGCUAAUUCUCCAGAAGGGAAGUUUAAGACUCAGGGGAAAGGGGUGUCACCCCCCAGGAAGUAUUUCUGGCAAUAUGAGAACAGUGUCUUAGAGCUCCAGUAAGGCAAUAACCUUUCUACACUGUUGUGCAUUCCAUCCAGGCUAAAUAUUCAUGGUUUGUUUGACCAGCUUCUACCAAGAACUGAUUGCUAUUCUUCUGUGACCAGAAUGAGAAGAGUUUGUGGGGACAGAUGCUUUUUUCUUUUUCUGCUUCUCACUUCAUUCAUUCCUCCUGAAGUCAUGCUAAACUACCUCAUAGAUUUAUGGUUUGGAUUAGCUCUCUAAAAGUCAAGAGCUUAUGAAGCAUAAAUCUCUGUGUAAAUGCUGCUUUUGUUUGUGGUUUUUUUGGCUUCAUAUAUACAUGUCCAAUGAACUCCCUGGAUAUUUCCUUGUAAUAUUUAUCAAAGUUUGUAAUAUUUCAUUGUAAUAUUUUUUGAACUUAUCAAAGUUUGGCUUAAAUUUUCUAUGUAAAUAUCUUGAUGUGAAAUGAAACCUGGAGAGACCCAGCAUGAAUUGAGAGCAUCAAACUCAAGUCUAGCAAAUGUAGCAUCUAAGGAAACACAAAGCAUCUAGAAUCAAAACCAAAAUGUUUUCUUAAGCCAAGUUUAAAGCAUUCUCAAAGGUUGGUGGGGUGGGGGGGAGCAGUCAAUACUAGUUUGAAAAAGUGUAUUAAGUCCUUUUGUAUUAUAAUAGUUAAAAUGCCAAAAAUUGUCCAUGAUUUAUAUUUAAAAUUAAUUAGAAUGGGUUUAAGAUUAUGCCGGUGAUAACAUAGCCCUUAAUUUCUUUACAUGCUGAGUAAAAUGCAGAGGAAAAAGCCCACAUAUUUCUCAAUAUCUGCAAGAGAGGUUGUGCAGAGGACCAUCUGCCUUGUUUGUGUCUUCCUAGAAAAAUGUUGAACACUGUUGUCUUGAAGGAUAUAACCUAAAAAGAAAACAAAGGAGUUAAUAUCCAACAGUUUCUUAGUAACAUCAUCCGAAGGCUCUAUGGCAACUAGUUAAAAAGUAAUUUUACCCCCGGCUCUACUUUCCUGCCAUUUUCCCCUGUAUAAUAUAUUACUCCUUAGUCACUAUUCCAACUAGCAGUUUCAUUUGCUAAUUUCAAAUGCCUCCACUUCAUUAGCAAUUCAUUCUGACCUUUAGAAACCACACUCUGUAAUCUUCACAUUAUAUGAGUGAAGGGAAAAAAAUCUAAUUUUUCUGUCUCUGUACCAUCAUUAGCAGGUUAUGUUAUUUCUGAACAACAAACAAUUGUCAUGUGCCAAACUUACACCCUAACUGUGACUGUUUGAACAAACUUACUCCCCAAUUGUGACUUUCUGAAGUCCUUGUUCAAGUAUUGUCUUCCCAUGUGUGGUCAAUCAGCAAGGGCUGAUUCAACUUCAGGAAGGUGAAGUGAUCUACAGUGUUGUACAUUUGGCUGUUAAAUUUAUUCAUUUUUUAAUUAAAGAAACAAAUUAAAUGCUAUACACAAUAAUGAAGUCCCCUCUUGCAUCCUUGCUAUUUUGAGACUCCUGGCACAUUUUUUACUUGAAUUUUGGCUCUUCAGAUGAUUAAAAAUCAGACUGUAAGACCACCAAUGAUAAGCAAGAUAAGGUUUCUUUGUAGCGGCCAACUUUUCUGUGGCAGAUUCUGCUUUUCAAAGUAAAUUUUGUUAUUGCAUGUUCUUGUAUUUCUUGAAAUUGUCUUCAUGUCUGAGUGGGAUGUUAGUCAGUGUGAAAAUGAUAGUAGUGUUAAUGAUUUUCUUGCUGAGGGUCCAAAGAAUGCCAUGUUGGGUCAACCCCAUGUCCCCAUCAGUCCACAACUAUGGCUGUAAAUAAUCUCCAAAAAGUUCCAAAUGGGAGGAGGUGAGUAGCUUCCCUAAUAUUAGUUCCAAGGAAAUGUUUAAUGCUGAGUAUGUGUAUAUAAACAAGGGAACAGGGUGGUUUUUCUGUUUUGUUAAAAAUGUAAUCUCUCUGAGCUUGAAAAUAAUGGAAUGCAGGGUGGUCAUCUUACAGUGAAUACGAUCUACAGAAGCUCUCGUGCUAGACAGCAUGACCGGAGCAUCAGGAUAGCACAUCCAAUAGAGCAUAGA